AUGCUGACAUUGGGCUCGAGGUUCCUUCUUCAGCCCCGGGGCCCCGCAACUCCGGCGACCCGAUGCGGGACGCUGCUCGGCAGGAGUCUGGCCUCAGGCUUCUCGGCCGGUGUCGGCUCCCGGGUGUCGGCUCCGAGCGGCGAACUACCUGUCAUCCGCAUCCCCCAGAAGACGCGGCUGCGGGCGGACCAGAGGCUGAAACGGGCGGCGGGCAGCAAGGUGCUGGUGCUGAGGCUGGCCAGACCGGGGCGGCUACUCAUCAUGGGCAAGCGGCCCGAGCUGAACCAGCACGCCGCGUACACGUUCGGCAAGUUCGACCCACUUCCCCUGGUUUCCAAGGGUUGGAAGCACAGGAAGGCGGCAGGAGAUUAUUUCGUUAUUAACAACACCCGGAGCCAACCACCCGCCAGUCCGCGAGAGGAGCAGCGGGAGGAGGAGCAGCGGGAGAAGCCGCGAAGUUUCAGCUCGCUCGGGCUGUGCAGGGAGCUGGGGGCCGCACUGGAUGGGAUGGGCAUUUCUCAACCUAACGGACUGCAAGUUCGGACCAUGACCGCUCUGCAGAGGGGGAGCAAUGUGCUGUGCGCGGCCGAGACCGGCAGCGGCAAGACCUUAAGCUACCUGCUGCCUAUCCUGCAGAGCCUGACCCAGGAAAGGGCGAUGGGAGAAGCAGCCGAGAGUAACGGGCUGCGCAGUCUGGUACUGGUCCCCUCCCGGGAACUGGCCGAGCAGCUCCAGCGAGUGGCCCGCACGCUGGCCGCCGACUUGAAGUUGAACGUGCGGGCGGUGGGCGGCGGCCGGGGUAUGGGCAAGUUGAAACUGAGUCUAUCCCGAGGGCCCAUCGACCUGCUGGUGUCCACGCCCGGGGCGCUCUGGAAAGCGCUGAGGAGAGACUUGGUCACCCUGGGCGGCCUGAGCCACCUGGUGCUGGAUGAAGCGGACACUCUAUUCGAUGAAAGCUUCGUGGACCUGCUGGAAGCUAUUCUCCAGCACUGCCAGAUCGCAGGGCACCCCUCUGAGAGCCGAGGGCCGGGGAGGAAAGCCCAGCUGGUGGUGACAGGAGCCACUUUCCCAAGCGGAGUGGGGGAACUGCUCAGCAAUGUCACUGACCUGGGCAGCAUCACUACCAUAAAGAGCAAAGAGCUGCACCGCAUCAUGCCCCAUGUCAAACAGAAGUUCCUUAAAGUCAAGCGGACGGAUAAAGCCAGUGACUUGCUGCAAAUGUUAAAGGAGUUGGUGGUCCAGAAAGCUGGAGUUCUGGUGUUUUGUAACAAUGCCUCAACAGUUAAUUGGCUUGGCUAUGUCCUGGACGACCACGGGAUCAAACACUCGCGUCUCCAAGGGAGUAUGCAAGCUGGAAAGCGAAGUGGGAUUUUCAGUACCUUCCAGCAGGGUCUGGUAGACAUACUUCUGUGCACUGACAUUGCAUCUCGGGGAUUGGACACUCAAAGGGUGGCAUUUGUGAUCAAUUACGACUUUCCCCUGACUCUGUGUGAUUAUAUACACCGUGCUGGGCGAGUGGGUCGUGUUGGCAGCAAGGUUUUGGGCACUGUCAUUAGUUUUGUGACACAUCCCUGGGAGGUUGAACUGGUCCAAAAAAUUGAGAUGGCAGCUCGGCGGAAGGUGGUACUGCCUGGCUUGGAGUCUGAAAUCAAGCAACCUGCAAAGAAAAGCAUAGCAGAACAAUUUAAACAAAACAAAACUGAAGUCUCUUCCGAACCUUUUGUAGAAUCGUGAUUGUACCAGCUUGGUUUUGUCACUAAACAUUAUUUCAGUAAAAUGUUUGAUUUACUGCUGAAUGUUAA